GAACCCAAGAAGAAAGAUGGCUCGGGCGGUAGCGAUGAUGACGACGAUAGCGACGAUUCCGACGAGUCAGAAGACGAAGACGAGUUUCCCGUAUCACACGAGAUUGUUCUAAAGACCCAAGAACGCGCCGUCACCACAGUAUCUCUGGACCCUGCCGGUGGCAGAUUGGCCUCUGGUUCACUGGACUGUACCAUCAAGCUCCACGACUUCGCCUCAAUGACCCCGACAACGCUUCGCGCAUUCCGCAGCGUUGACCCCUUUAUAUCCAAGAGAACUGCAGCCACUUCAGAAGCCCAUCCCAUCCACCAUAUCGAAUUCAACCCAUUAGCGGGCAGUGCCAUGCUAUGCGUAUGCGCUCACCCACAGGCAAGGAUACUGUCACGCGACGGAGAUAUUUUGACAGAGUUCGUCAAGGGAGAUAUGUACCUUCGAGAUAUGCACAACACCAAGGGACACAUCUCCGAAAUUACGACCGGCACUUGGCAUCCUACGGACAAAAACCUUUGUGUUACGGCAGGCACUGAUAGCACACUGCGAAUAUGGGAUAUCAACAACAAGCGCUCUCAGAAAGACGUCAUCGUGUUCAAGUCAAAGGCUGCGGGCUCAGCUGGUCGGACCAAGAUGACGGCGGUUGCGUGGAAGAACUCUGCCCAAGGAAGCAGCGUGCUCAUCGGCGCCGCCCUAGACGGAUCGCUAGUCAUGUACGGCGGCAACGGGCCCUUCACCAGGCCUGCGGGCGAGAUCAAAGAGGCGCACAAAGCCCAGACCUGGACAAGCGGCAUUGACAUUUCCUCUGACGGCCGCAUGGUUGUGACGCGAGGCGGCGACGACUUGAUCAAACUCUGGGACCUUCGGAAAUUCGACAAGCCCCUUGUCACGGUGUCGCACCCUUCUACGUCGGACAUCUAUCCAACGAGCAACAUUCGUUACUCACCAAACUCCACCAGCAUCAUCACCGGCUCUGUCACAGGCCAUCUACACAUCCUAAACCCUGGCAAUCUACAGCCAGAACAUGUCACUCCAAUCACGCCGGGAUCAGCUCUGAUUGCUGUGGAUUGGCAUCCCAAGAUUAACCAGAUUGUCACAGGCUCAGCGAACGCCGAGACACACGUCUUGUUCAACCCGUCCAUGUCCAGCCGCGGCGCUGUUGAGGUGAUGUCGCGAGCGCCCAAGAAACGGCACAUUGACGACAACCCUGAGUUCACAAUGGACCAGAACGUCGGCAUCUCGGGCGAUUCCAUUGUCACGCCCGGCGCCAUGCACAGCUCGCGCAAGGCUGGCGUCACGGGCACCGGCAAAUCCAAGGACCCCCGGCGGCCUGAGGUGCCAUUGCAGACGCCGUUUCAGAAGAGCCAGCCAGACGAACGGCACAUUGCGCAGAACAUUCCCCUGGCCAAGAUGCUGCACGAGGAUCCCCGUGAAGCGUUGCUGAAGUAUGCUGACAAGGCCCAGAGCGACCCGAUGUUCACCAAGGCGUGGAAAGAGACGCAGCCAGAGACGCAGUACGCGCAGCUGAGCGACGAGGAGGACGAGGGACCUGACAAGAAGCGAGCGAAGCGAUGA